GGCAUUGAAGAAAAAGCAUGAUUCAGAGCCUCAGAGCCUGUGUCUUUGUCAGGACACCUCUUCCCAGCCACCUCUGGACUCAAAACCAGUCCUACAGGAGCGAUGAACACAAGCUCUAGAAAAUGUCACAAGGUCCUCCUUUGACAUCCCAACAAAGAGGAGACUGGGGAUGUCUGAGGCUCAUUCUGCCCUCGAGCCCACCAGGAACGAAAGAGAGCUCCAUCUGCCCUCCAGGACCCCAGCCAUGACCUUCCUCUCCACAAGCGCCUUCAGUCCACUCGCCUUCUCCCUGGGGCUGCUCCUGGUGAUGACUACAGCUUUCCCAACCCCGGGACCCCCGGGAGGAGAUUCCAAAGGGGAUGCCACCUCAAAGAGACUGCCACUCACCUCUGCAGACAAAAUGGAAGAACUCAUUAAGUACAUCCUCGGCAAAAUCUCUGCACUGAAAAAGGAGAUGUGUGACAAGUACAACAAAUGUGAGGACAGCAAGGAGGCACUGGCAGAAAACAACCUAAAUCUUCCGAAACUGGCAGAAAAAGAUGGAUGCUUCCAAUCUGGGUUCAAUCAGGAGACCUGCCUGGCAAGAAUCACUACUGGUCUUCGGGAGUUUCAGGUAUAUCUGAAAUUCCUCCAGGACAAGUAUGAGGGCGAUAAGGAAAAUGCCAAGUCUGUGCACAGCACUACUAAUGUCCUGCUUCAGAUGCUGAGGCGUAAGGGAAAGAAUCAGGAUGAGGUAACCACCCCUUUUCCAACCGCAGAAGUCGGCCUGCAGGCUAAGCUGCAGUCACAGGAUGAGUGGCUGAGGCACACGACAAUUCACCUCACCCUGAGAAGCCUGGAGGACUUCCUUCAGUUCAGCCUCAGGGCUGUUCGGAUAAUGUAACCCGGGUAUCUAAGAUUGCUGUAGUUCUUGGGCAUUCCUUUCUCUGGUCAGAAACCUGUCCACUGGGCAUGUAACUGAUGUUGUUCUCUGUGAAGAACGAAAAGUAUGAACGUUAGGACACUAUUUUAAUUAUUUUUAAUUUAUUGAUAUUUAACUAUGUGAUGUUGAGUUAAUUUAUAUAAAUAAUAGAUAUUUAUAUUUUUAUGAAAUGCCACUUAAAAUAUUUUAUGUAUUCAUUUUGAAAAAGAUAACGUAAAAUGAUUAUGCAGCUGGAAUAUCCUCGGCGUUUCAGAGCCAGAUCAUUGCUCGGAAUCUGUAGGUUUACCUCAAAAACAUGGCUAACUUAUGAAUGUUUUUAGUAAAAUGAAUAUUUAUAUUAUAUUUAUAUAAUGUUUAAAUUGUUUUUAUACCA